ACGAACGAAUCAGUACCGAUUUGUAUUUUGACGCGUUCGCUUUGUCCGACGGCAGGAGCAGCGUGUUUUUGUGUGGAAUUCGCUUCGCGCGCGCCUACUUCGGUGACGACGACUCGGUAGAGAUAAGAAGCUGUGGCGAAUACUGAAGAGUGCGGUGUACCGUUCAAUCAACGCCAACUUUGAUUUGAGGUGAAUGUCUCGAUUGUGUGACAGUGGCGACGGAUUCUGUUCGAUUGUUUCGCCGCCUUUUGAUUGAGAGGUGGAACUCAGUGUUCGAUCAACGAACGGCAGUUUGAAGGUGUGUGCGGUCGCGAUCGAAUUUGAAUGCGAGCUGAGGAAACAAUAGAGCCAGGGUGGGUGCGGGACCGCGAGUGAUUCAUGAGUCAGAAUUUCGCGCUGUUUGAAUGGGACUGGCGGCGCGGAAAGGGAGGAGUUUGGUCGUUCGUUCGUAUCAUACGCUGCUCGUGUGGUUCCUUUCUGUUGUUUUGUGUGUGAUUGAAGUUUCGUGUGGAGUUUUUCGACGGGCGAUGAUCGCCGCAUUAUAAUAGACAACAAUUACGCCCACACGGAAUAGUUCUUGAAGCUGGUUUUCGUUAACGGUUGGAGUCAAGCCACCAUUAUUGGGACGUAUAGAACGCGAAGGUGUUCGAAAAGGGAGGAUACGAUUCGGGAAGGAAACGACCCAAGGCGAAUACAUACAGCCGGAGGAAAGAAGUGACGAACGAAAUUUGAGUGAUUUUUCGUUUCGGUUGUGGGGUGUCAUUCAUUCAGUAACCGCGCCAAGAAGGGUCGAUUGUUUAUUGCCUGUCGGUCGGAUGGAAUUCCCGCAAUCCAAGAAGGCAUAAAGUGAGAGAGAAGCAAAAGAAGAAAGGAAAUUUUACCUCCUAAUCGCAGUAGUCGAAGGUCAGGCGAGGGAAGUGCAAAGUUCCGAACCCCGAAGGAACCAGCUGUGCAAAGCGGAAAACCGAGUGCAAGGCCUACUAAGGUCGCCGAAGAGGAAGAAUAAGAAGAAGUGCAAAAGUGUGUAAGGUGCGACACAGAAAUCGAUGGAAUGUGAUUGUGGUGGCAAGUGAUUCUCUUCGGUACGAGCGGCGAAAGAAAGAAGCACCGACAGAAGAAGAUUAAGUGCGGGGGAGAACCGAGGCCACGUGCGUCCAGUUUAUUAUGCUAAUGGAAGCGUGAGACGCGCAAAUUCGAGGUCGUUUGGUGUGGAACGAAAAUAACUUGCCGAAGGAAGGCAGGAAAGAUAAGCCGCCGCUUAUCGAGUUUCGAUUGACGACGAUUCCAGGAAGGGACAAGCAGCCAAGCGUCACAACAAUGGACGCCAAGGAGAAAACCAAGGAUCCGCAGCCGUCGUUCAGCUUCAUUAGGGGUUCCGACCCGAGGGCUGCGACCUGCCGGGGCAAACUGCAGAGUCGCCGGUGUAAGCUGAACCAGGAAAUCAACAAGGAGCUCCGGUUGCGAGCCGGAGCCGAGAACCUGUUCAAAGCCACCACCAACAAGAAGCUGAAGGACACGGUGGCACUGGAGCUGAGCUUCGUGAACUCCAAUCUGCAGCUGCUGAAGGAACAGUUAUCGGAGCUGAACUCGUCGAUGGAGAUCUACCAGAGCGAGGGAAUGGACUACGUGAUUCCGAUGAUCCCGCUGGGGUUGAAGGAAACCAAAGAGGUCAGCUUUAUGGAGCCCUUCUCGGACUUUAUCCUGGAGCACUACAGCGAGGAUUCGUCCGUGUACGAGGAUGCCAUCGCUGACAUUACCGAUACGAGACAGGCCGCCAAAACCCCCACCAGAGAUGUCCAGGGCGUGGCACUAUUGUUCCGCUACUACAACCUGUUGUACUACGUUGAGAGACGAUUUUUUCCGCCCGAUCGAAGUCUGGGGGUUUACUUCGAGUGGUACGACUCGCUGACCGGCGUCCCAUCCUGUCAGCGAACGGUCGCAUUCGAAAAAGCCUGCAUCCUGUUCAACCUGGCCGCCAUCUACACCCAGAUCGGGGCCAAGCAAGACCGCUCCUCGGAGAAGGGCCUCGACUCGGCCGUCGACAACUUUCUGCGGGCGGCCGGCGUGUUCAAGCACAUCUACGACACCUUCACCAACGCGCCAUCGAUGGAUUUAAAACCUCAAGUCCUAGAAGUGCUGGUAGCACUAAUGUUGGCGCAGGCACGUGAAUGCCUGUACGAGAAACUUUUACUACAGCUAGAAGAAAUGACCAAUUCCGAUUGCGGUUCGCUACAACGCAAUCUCUCCGGGGAAGCAACCCAGCUGACGAUGGAAUAUCGGGAGAUUCACCGGAUAAUCCAGAGCAACGAGGCGCACACCUUCCUGCCGGAGUCCUGGGCGGGGCUGGUUCCCCUGAAAUCCGAACAUUACAAAGCCCUCGCCCACUACCACACGGCCAAAUCGAUCGACCCCGCUCUGCAAACGUUCAAAACGAGCACCCCGUCCAAAUCGGCCAAACAAAAGGUCCUCGGUGGCAGUGCACUGAACCUGGGCAGUCAAACCUUCUCCCAGUCGCUCGAUACGUUCAUCUUCGACGAGACGUCCCUCGAGGGCGACCUCAAUCCGGCCAUGCUGAAGAAGGCUCACCUCCGCGAGUCCCUCUCUAGUCACGAGGAAGCCCAACGGUUGCAGCGCAUGUGCCGCGAGCUCAAGAACAAGAUCGCCCUCACCAAGGUGCUCAACUACGCCGUGGAAAAGACUGCCGAAGAGCUGGAGAUGCUGGACCUGGAGCUGGACGGUGCCGGCUACCUGGACGAGGACAUCGACAUGAUCGACGUGACGUUGAACACUACCUCCAAGUUCACGAUCUCCCUGACAGGGCCGGAUUUUACGGCGUACAAGAUCGAGGAUCCCUUCCGGAAGCUGGGACCGAUCGCGAUUUUUUCGGCGAGGCGCCACUGGACCGCUCCGCGCUGUAUCCGCCUGCAGAAGGGAAACUCGAUGAUGAUGACCGGCGGGGGAACGCUGGAUCGGCGUCGGUACAACAGCGCCCAGAACGGAGGAAGCACCGGGAGCAGUACCGGGGCCAGCAGUAUCGACGGAAGCAGCGAUGGUGGAGUUGGUCGGGGCAAGUGCCAGUGCAACAAGACCAACUACUACAACGACGUGAGGGCGUGUGACGUGUGCUUCAAGGACGUUUGCAACAUCUCCGAGGGGGACUUCCGGGCGAGGAACAAGCUGACGCAGAUGCCGUCCAGUGAUGGAAGCAACAGCAGCAGUAGUGGUGGCAGUAGCAACGUCGAUAGCUUCGAGAGCUUCGGGUUCCACGUGCGGGGCGAUGCGCCGGUCAUGAUUUCAACCGUGGACAUCAACUCGCUGGCGGAUCUCGGUGGCAUCAAGGAGGGAGAUUUCAUCGUGGAACUGUGCGGAAUCGACGUCAAGUGGUACACCAACCAGCAGGUGCUGAAGCUGAUCAAGAACUGCUCCAACAGUUUGGACCUCAAGGUCAUCACUCCGAUGGAUCGUAACUAUCUUAAGCCAAUGGCCUCCACCCUGUCGAAGGGAUCGAUUUCAACGCUGUCCGGCAGCUCGUCCGGGGUGUCCUCGGGAGCACCCAGCCCAACCGGCACCACCACCAAGAGUGGCGGCAGCAAACCGCGCUCCAAACUGGGCAAGAACCGGCUCAGCAGUUUCACCUCCGGCAGCUGGAACCCAUUCCGCCGGACACAAAGUCUCGGGAAGAUUUUCUAGGAAUUCCAGCAGCAGCGCGGGCAUUAUCUACCCUAUAAGAAAGUCGGUUUUGUUAAAUCGUGUACAGAAAAAUGGAAGACUACUUCUGCAGUUCUAAUGUUGUUUUAAAUCAAUUUUGGGAAUAUAUUAAGUAAGCGAACCUAGCGGUUAAGUCGAUGAUUCUAUCUUAGAAUUUGUAAAAACAUGGAUGCCAUCACACAAAUCACAUAUGUAGACAACAAACACAUUCAUCUACCUCUUCUGGUCACCCGCUCUCCGAGAAUGGGAUCAGCCGGAUGCGAGUAGUCGAAUGGGAAAGCCUCUAAUUUAUGAACCCUAUAAUGUGUAUUCCCCUAACAAACAAAAGUCUAGUGCAAGAUUCUUUUAACAAAAACUCCUUCGAAGCGGAAACGUUCACUUUCCAAGGAAUAUUUAUUGUUUUAAUCGAAAUGUUAGUUUACGGCCCCCUCUAAAGUACUCUAAUUUUAGUUUGAGAUGUCCCAAGAAAUUGGUAGAAAACCCCGGAUCAGAGACUUUGAAAUGUAAGGAUUUAGUCGACAUUGUAAAUUUGACGGAUAUUGGUUUAAGUUAAAUCGUUAAGAAUGAAGCAAAGCAGCAGCAGGACUAUACAAAUAAAGGAUGGUUUACUAACACACUUGUUUCGAGUUACAUACAUUACAGCGAGUCUACUAUAAAGAACCUUUUUUCGAGAGAAAAGACAUAUUCCAAAAACUGUACUAAUCCAUAUACAAUCAAUCGAUGAGAAAUCAUGCAACAAUAAAACGUAGUGAAUCAGAUAUUAA